AUGGAUAUCUACCAGCAGGAAAUCUUCGGACCGGUUUUGUGCAUCAUAGAAGUGGAUACCUAUGAAGAGGCACUGCAAAUAUCGAAUAGCAACAAGUACGGCAAUGGUUGCGCAGUUUUCACCCAAAGUGGUGCCGCGGCAAGGAAGUACGUGCAGGAGGUACUUAGGGUUUAGGGUUUGGGUUAGACUUUCAAGGUACUUAACUACUGGCAACUUUCAACAGGAAAUAAAAUGUAUGUGGUGUAUUGGUUGUUCUUGCUAGGCUUAGACUUAUACUUUGCAGGUGGUUUUUGCGGCGGCCAGAAGGAAAUUCAUAUUUUUUCCUUGAUAUUGAUAGUUCUUGCGGCGGCCAUAAGUAAAUUUGAAAUUUUUUCCUUUAUAUUAUUGAUAGAGACGAUGCUAGAUGCAUUGCCAAUGACUUGAAUCGUCCCUUCACCAGAUCGAGGCUGGCCAAGUCGGCGUCAACCUCCCCAUCCCGGUGCCGUUGCCUAUGUUCUCCUUUACCGGUAAUAAGGGAAGCAUUCGCGGAGACCUAAACUUCUACGGAAAGUCAGGGAUGCAGUUUUUUACUUAAGGCUUCCGGGAAUCCGUCUUCAAAAGCAUCCUAGGGCUUCCCUCUAAAGGAGAAGGAGGUCCAGGAUGUCUCAGAAGAUGGACCCCGGAAGGUCUAACUUACCCAAUGGAAGACUGUAACAAGCAACUGGAAGCCGCCACAGGGCUGGUCCGGGAAGGUGCAGACUAGCAUGUCGGUGUUUAAGUAGCUGCACUGUGGUUACGAGUGUGUGGCUCGCUGUUUUGAAGUAGUUUCAACUUCUCUCAUGUUGUCUGUGUUCAACGUCAAUCAGGAUUAAUCAUUAAUAAUGAAAUAUAUCAAAUUUAAAUUAUUUUAUUAAGUACAAGGAAGACGAGCUAGCUUAUCCGUAGAAUACUAGAAGUUAUGGACUAAUUCCAACUAAGCUAGAGGAGAAGAACGACCCUAAAUUUGUGCAUGCAUCUGUAUGCUUGAGAAUGAUUGAAUCACCGAUCUACUCCAUCGUGAACCAUGUUGAUAUGUUGAGAAUCUUUGUAAAGUAGAAGCGCCAGUGUAGAAGAAGCAGUACCAUAAGUAGCUACAGAUAGGUAAUAUUAUUAUCCGGAGUUGUCGUCCACCACCAACUGACCACACGACCUACAACUGAAUAUCAGUAUGACAACU